AUGUGCACUAAAUCCAGUGUUGACGACGGGGUCAAGCAGCUACGACCCAAACCAACCACGACAGCAAACUGGGGAGGGGGGGGGUUCAAGUCCCCUCUGGAUUGGCAGGUGCAUGGCGAAAUCGCAAGCUGUCCAAAAAUCCCCUCCCACAUCGUUACCGGCUCCACCAUCACGCUCUCCAUCACUCAACCGAAGCAAGACCCGCCAAGCUCGCUACUAUUAUGCGUCUUUCAUUCUCUAACGGUACCACCGAGCCGAGUCACAACACGCCAUAACCGCCGCGGGGCGAAUGCGGACGUCAUGCUUCAGGUCUAUCUCGUCGAUGAGAUCGUCGAGAUCCUAAUCGUCUUCGAAGAAUACUUUACACCACGCGCUAGUCAGGGUCUGCAGCACCUUGCCGACGAGAAGCUCGCCAGUGGCGGGGAUGAAGAACGGGUUGUAGUGAGGAAUCUUGAUCGUGGUGGCCAUGUUGGCUGCAGACUUCGGGAUGGGGGUGAUACGCGCUGA